AUGGACGUCAUGAAGCCAAGAACACGAAGCGCAUCUCUAUUUAUUGAUAACGGAAAACCAACGCUCUACUUGGACCCAUACUCGUCAACGUGUCAUCGAUGUGGAAGUACAACAUCCCCAAUAAACGGCAUAUCAAUCUCUCUACAAAAACUGUCAACAAUUAAUCGUUCACUGGUUGGCACCCCACGUAACGGCACUACCCUCGACUCCAUGAUUGAUCUUGGAGGACAUGCUGGGCCCUCUUCGCUUGAGCUCGAAGCAAUCGCGGCUGUGCACGAACUCUCCUAUGCCGUACAGUCGAUGAGCGUUUCCGAAAUGUUGCCACGAACUGCGGAUAUGAUUUUCGUCAACGUCACCACCAUUGAAGGACAGCCAUAUUGUCUGGAAUUGACGCACAAAGGUUGGCGUAUCACAUCGCUACGAACCGACUGCAUGAUUGGCGAUUUCACACGUCUUGAACUAUUCACCAAAUAUUACGCUUCACCCUGUGAACUUAUGGCCACGAUAUCGCCGGGAUAUCGAGAACGCUCUAAUGAGAAGUCCGAGUUACGGCAGAAAAUGAUUGAGAUUGGAGACAACCACUGUAUUGCACCAUUUGGCAGCUAUGAUUCCUCGUAUCUCAACGCCCACUGUUGUCGAAGAAGAAAAAGAAGUUCACGAAGCGACGAAAGCUCCCUUUCCGACAAAGGAUCGCCGGAUAGUUCUCAAUUGUCAGAUGUGGACGAGUUGGAUCAUGAAACCCUAUUUAAUUGA